AUGGAGCUUUUGCUCUUUCACUACCCGUUUACUUUUCUGUUCAUUGCAUUCCUAGUCCUUUACCAGGUGAAUCCUGCAUUCAGAUACUUCUGCAAAAUGACCUUCUACAAGUUGUGGCUCUUCACCCUGAGCAUUCUGGUUAUUAUGAUCAGUAUUCCUCGUGGACGUAAUGUGGAAAACAUGAAGUUUUUGCGCAUGUCAUUCCUGCCACUCAAAUACAUCUUUGGUGUCAAGAUAGUGGUGAAGGGCAAGGAGAACCUCAGGUCUAAGAAGCCUUUUGUCCUCGUGAUGAAUCACCAGACCUCCCUUGACAUUAUGGUGAUGAUGGAGAUAUUACCAAGUCGCUGUGUGCCUAUUGCAAAGAAGGAAAUCCUAUACAUGGGCACUUUUGGCCUUGCGUGCUGGCUUUCGGGACUCAUUUUCAUUGACCGCAAGAAGAGGGAAGAGUCCAUCGCUACCUUGACAGAGGUGGCUCAUUCCCUGCACCAAGAAAAUUUCCGUGUCUUGAUCUUCCCUGAAGGAACUCGCAAUCAUGGUGGUGCCAUGUUGCCCUUCAAACGUGGGGCCUUCCAGCUGGCUGUGAAAGCCCAGGUCCCCAUUAUUCCUGUAGUGAUCUCUUCCUACUGCAACUUCUACAACCAGAAGGAGAAGAGGUUCACACGAGGAAAAAGCAUCAUCCAGAUCCUGCCAGAAGUGAAGACCCUCGGCCUGGGCCCCGAUGAUGUUCCCAAGCUCACCGAGCAGGUCCGUGACUCCAUGCUCACCACCUAUCAGGGGAUAUCAGGAAUGACGAACAUAGCUUCCCAUUAG